CACGUCGACGCGGGGGUUUUCUCUGGAGUCCCGCUAACGCCGCGCCUCUACUCCUGAGCCUGUGUUCCGGCUGUCCCGGGGCGGCGGGCCGACGCGGUUCGGGGCCGGACCCUGGGAUCGGUGCCGGUCACCGCCCUCCCGGCCUGUCCUCCUGGCCGGUCUACCUUAGGGGAGCCUGGCGACGUGGGGUCCCUGAGCCGGGCCGGGGAGCUCGGGGCCCUUCCCCGCCCCGUGGCUCGGAUGGGAGGUGGCGGGAGGAGAGACCUGGGAUGUUCAGUCUGAUGGCCAACUGCUGCAACUUGUUCAAGCGGUGGCGAGAGCCUGUCAGAAAGGUGACCCUUGUGAUGGUGGGCCUUGAUAACGCUGGUAAAACAGCCACCGCAAAGGGAAUCCAAGGAGAGCAUCCUGAAGACGUAGCUCCCACUGUUGGCUUUUCUAAAAUUGACCUUAGACAAGGAAAGUUUGAAGUUACCAUCUUUGACUUGGGAGGUGGCAAAAGAAUUCGGGGAAUUUGGAAGAAUUAUUAUGCUGAGUCCUAUGGGGUAAUAUUUGUUGUGGAUUCCAGUGAUGAAGAAAGAAUGGAAGAAACAAAAGAGACGAUGUCAGAAGUGCUGAGACAUCCGAGGAUAUCAGGAAAGCCUAUACUGGUGUUGGCAAAUAAACAGGACAAGGAGGGGGCCUUAGGAGAAGCCGAUGUGAUUGAAUGUCUCUCCCUGGAAAAGCUGGUCAAUGAACACAAGUGCUUGUGCCAGAUAGAACCUUGUUCGGCAGUCUUGGGAUAUGGAAAGAAAAUUGACAAGUCCAUUAAAAAGGGGCUUUAUUGGCUCCUGCAUAUCAUUGCAAAAGACUUUGAUGCCUUAAGUGAACGCAUCCAAAAAGACACAGCUGAGCAGCGAGCUCUGGAGGAACAAGAGAAACGAGAGAGGGCCGAGCGAGUUCGAAAAUUACGGGAAGAAAGAGAACGAGAGCAAACUGAACUUGAUGGGACCAGUGGUCUGGCUGAGAUGGACUCAGGACCAGUUCUUGCUAAUCCUUUCCAGCCCAUAGCAGCUGUAAUCAUUGAGAAUGAAAAAAAGCAAGAGAGAGAGAAAAAGAAGCAGACUGUGGAGAAAGAGAGUGAUGUUUGCCUCCCAGAACAUCGAGUGGAGCAGGAGCAAGUAGAAUCACAGAGCCAGCCUAGUGGCUGCCCCCAAAACAACGACAGUGGAGUGGUAGAGAGUUACAAGGAGGCCCUUUCCCAGCAGCUGGACAAUGAAGAUGAGCUGGACCAGCGCUCAUCAGAAUCAGACAAUAGUAAAAAGAAAACUAAGAAACUAAGAAUGAAAAGGAGUCAUCGGGUAGAACCAGUCAAUACAGAUGAAUCUGCUCCUAAGAGUCCCACCCCACCCCCACCUCCCCCUCCUGUUGGCUGGGGAACCCCCAAAGUCACUAGACUUCCAAAACUUGAGCCUCUUGGUGAAACACGUCAUAAUGAUUUCUAUGGGAAGCCACUGCCUCCCCUGGCUGUGCGGCAGAGACCUAAUGGUGAUGCUCCGGACAUGAUCUCAUAACCAAGUCAGACGGGUUGGUCUUUUUAAUAGCAGACCUUUCCCAAAGCAGGAAAGCCCCUAACACUGAUGACUGGGGCAAGACAACUAUAAUAUCAGGGAGGAAAGAAUACCCAAGAACUUGACCUGAACAUUUACUUCUCCACAUUCUGUGGGUAAAGCAGAAAGGAAACAAAAUGACCAGUAGCUGACAAGAGCGUUUGGCCAAGUUAGCAAGAUGUAGUAUUGAUUCUUUGGUUUACACGUGCCUACUCUUGGACAUUCUCCCGAAGGAAAACCUCCUCAGAAAUGGAGCCAGUGGACUCUACAUACCUGAUUUUUUUAAUAGUCUGUAUUUCUAUGCAUUAAACAUGUUUUAUAAAGUA